AUGAUCAUGAUGAGGGUCUUGUUAUCGUUCUGCCUUCUUGCGCAGCUCCUUACCACCGUAAAUUGCAAGAGCUUAAGGAAAGUUAAAUCCAACGCAGGUAAGAAUGAAUUUAUCGGGAAAGAACUUAGACCUCUUUUGCAAUGCUAAAAUCGCUGAAAUCAUUCCACACUUCCAAGGUUUUUUUUUCUAAAGAUCAAUUUUAUAUCAAGAGUCGAAACUUCAGGAUUGUUUUGGUUUUGCCUUAUUUCGCCUUGUGAUUAAUCUAGAAAGCUCGCGACAUUCCUUUCAUCUGAUUGACUGUUGUCAAGAUAUUAUUCCAGUUAAUAAUCUCCCGCUGUCGUGAUUGCUUUGGUCCUAGUUUUACGAUACUUAAUCGAAAUACGCUUUAUUAGAUUUCAAGUCCGUGUACAAGUCAGUUACACAAAGACAGAAUCAUGUAAAACCUGAUAAAAGAGGAAACGAAUUUGCUUCCUUGCAGGUCAUGGUGGGAGGAAGUCGGUGGUGAUUCAUUCCGUGAAUCCCGUGCAAAGUGAGUAAGAUGUUUUGUAAUAUUAUAUACAUUAGGAUAGGAUUGACUAUCACUCACUCAUAACAUAAACGGAGCGCAGAAUAACCUGCGAGGAAGGGAUCGUUUGAGUUAUCAUGCAGCACGAAAAGGGGCCGGUGGCGUUGUGGGGCGCGUUGGGCGGACUCUGCGCGCUGGGUUAUCUUCACUCGCUCGUUAAGUCUUCUUACUUUUAAGACGAAAAUGCACUUAAAUAAUUACAGAAUUGGCCAAGCCACACAUUUGCAGCUCUUCUUUUUUUUAAAUAUAUUGUUUUAAGUAAAGUAGCUUCUCCUGUAAGCCUGGUGGCUUCUUUAGGCCUCCUCGCCUUCUGAUCAUAAUUGUGUGGAUCAAAUAUUUUUUGGAUUGUUAAAAAGGCAAAUAAAAUGAUGAUGAUGACAAUUUUGUCCUAAGUAAUUCCCAAAGAUAUACUCAUUUAAGAUGAGAACUGCCGUACAUGUUUCACCCGGAUCAGGAAAGACGUGAACAAUUUCAGAAUGUCACACUUCCAGAUAACGUAUGUUGUUCUGACUUAAAUUUUUCAUUAAGGUGCUAUUUGGAUUAUACCCCAACUUACUACUACAAUGUAUAUGCUACUGUUGUUGUUCCCUUUCCGUUUCCUUUUCCGUUUCCUUUUCUUACACGAAUCAUUUUUUUUAAUCAUAUCUGUUUUUGCCUCACUUAGGAUCCGCCUGGGAGUGUCAUCCUGGAUGCAAGCGUUUCUGUCUGUCAUCUUGCAAAAGAAGCUGUUGUGCCCCAGGGGCUCCUAACUACAGUCCAGCCAUGUUCCCCCAGUUGGUGAACUACCAAGCUUCCCUCCCCCCGCCACCUCCUCCCCCACCAGCGUGCCCCGCCGGAUGUCCGUCCACCUGUUAUCCUAACUGUGAUUCCGGAUGUUGCUUCCAGGCAAAUCAGCCAGUGUUCCCUCAAUAUGCUAACCCUUAUGAUGUUGGAUAUACCGGCUAUCCUGCCGGAGAUCCCUGUGCUGCUAUGAGUUGCUCUGCCGCUUGUGCCCCCCAAUGCAAGCCAGGUUAAUGUCAAUGAGUAUUCAUUUCUCUGUUAUAACUUUCAAUUUUUAUUGUUUCUUUUGAUGUGGUUGUCGAUAAAUUAUUAGUCAAAGCCAGAGAUAUGACACAAAUAUCGAACUGCUAAGGAACUGAUCGCGAUGUUAAUCAACUUCUGGAACAACGCAAGUAGCUAGAGCCAAAACUAGAUCGGAAAUGUUGCCGGUUUCUGCAUUGGCUAUGCAGUUAGGAAGGAAUCGUAUCCUAUGUACCAUAUCCGCUGUAAUUACUAACAACAGUUUAAUUUUUUUACCAUGGUCUAGACUGUUGUCGUUCCCAAGCCCUAAACCUCAGCAUUCGGCCAGUGUAUCUUGGAGGAGUCAAAGCACCCCCUAAGGCACCCAAGCCACCGCCGCCUCCAAAACCGCCGGUGAAAACCCAUCAUAAAAAGAAGGCAAUGCAUACGAAACCCCAAAUUGGUAGCUUGUGUGUCCCGCAGUGCCAGACGCUUUGCAAGCCAAUAUGCAGGUAAAUACUUUUUUCAUCACACGGAGAUGGAAAAGAGAUCGGGGAAUGGAAGUUAAAGGAGGUCCAGGUGUGCUUCAUGGGGCAUGUUGCUAGAUAUUUGUUAAGUAGGACGGGUUUUAACCGCAACUCUCUACAGGGAAGUAAGAAAUCCAGCCGUUGAGUACUCAGAGCAUCUAUCUCCUACUCAACAAUUCAUUCGUUCGUUCUUUAAAUCAGUCAUUAAUGUUUUAUCAAUUAACAUAAUACAUAGUUUCAUGUAUUUCAAUUUAUCCAUGUUCACCUCAUCAUGGCAGAAAAAUCUGGUUGUCAAUUAUUUUUUGAUCUUUUUCACAGAUUUGAUUGCUGUUUGGCUACACACAAAUUCCAUAAAAAGCAAUCGGAUCACAAACCUUCUUCCUCCAAGCCACAGGAGCCUCCGAAACCUAAGGUGCAUCAUGACAUUACACCCGUCGACUCGCCUCAGAGGGUUCCCAUCCCCAAACUAUUCGCAAUGGCAAAUCCAUCGCAAGGGCCUGCACAGGAUGCUCAGCAGUCGCCUCAACCGUCACCUUAUGAGGGAUAUCAGUAUCAGGACGCUGUAGCUCCUGUGGCACCCACGGCAGGUAAGAAGCAAAGCAGAACAUCAAGGCUGAAACAUGCUUGGAGGACGAGAAACAAGGGGUCGGAAUUUCUCGAGCCCUCUUUGGGUCAAAUUACGUGCGCUGCAAUGAAAGCUACGAUUUUGGCGUGCAUGAAACUGAAAUUCUAACGACCUUUUUCCCACUAACUCAUCGUUUAAAUCGGGAGCAUGGGAGGAAAAGCUGGCCAAAUUCCAGCCGAGGGUGUCUAUAUGUCACACUAUUGCAUACAUUCAUUCAUGUUGCCUUUGAGAAAGACAGCCGCGGCGUAAACAAAUGAAACGACAUUGUCUCCUUAAGUAUAAGAGGGAACAGAAAAUUCCUCCCAUCAAGCGGAUCACAAUUCUGUCGAAUUAUAACAUGGCUUAAAUUCAUUUAUUUGUUUUCUAGGAAUCACAUGCCCAGGAUCUUGUCCUCUGGCCUGCGCUCCUUCGUGUCAGUGGUCAUGCUGUGCCCCAUUCCAAGCACAGCCUGCCCAGCUGGCUCCUCAAGCUUUCCCUUACGGGGCUGUGCCAUCCAAUCCCUUGGUGAGCAAUUAGUCUAUCAGUUGAUAGUUCAAUAAAAAUUAAAAUCGUCCAUGAAUACGUAAUCUGUAUGUAGACCUGGUAAUAAAUCAAUUACCCAACUGACUAUCUGGCUAGAGAUAUCAAACGGGAACCAGCUGACGACUAUUCAUCUUAAAAAGCAUGUACAUUGGAUUCAUAGACGGAAAAAUAUUUUUUCGUUAUAAUUAACGAAAGAGACCGCACUUGACAAGCGCUCUUCCGUUCAUCCUAUUUUUAACAGUGAUCCCACACAUAGACACUCUCUUUAAGUGUAACGAGUAUCUUGAAUUUUACUAUUAUUUACUCGUUCACCGUUAAAAAAAUUAUUAUCACUCCCUGUAGGAUGCUUCUCAAGAUUUCAGGGCACCAGGUUCGCCAGGCCUUCGUCCAGUGGAGCCCCUUGCUGAGCAGCAAACCUGUCCAGCGCCGUCUUGCCCGGACACAUGCGCGCCACUUUGCUCGCGAAGCUGCUGUGCAGGAUUGCCUCUCCUGCCACUGUCUUGGGACAAGAGAGCUGCCCUACCCCACAGAGGCUAGUUGUUGCAGCCAUAUUUGACACCCGUUACCCUUCUCAUGUGUUUAAAAAUUCUUGCCUCUAAAUACUCAUCUGUGAUACUUGUAAAACCUCCUCAAGGACAAACUGAAUGAAGGAUGCCUAUCCGCUCAUAAGUCAUGGCUCUUCUGAGCAAUACAAUAAUUUCCGCAAAUUUCUCCCACCUCGUUAGCAAACUAAUCCGCCUAAAUGCUCGGUUGGGAGAUUUUGGUCGCUAAUUUCGUCAAAAGCAGUCUCAAAAUGUAAUAUAAAAUAAACCAUAGGGUCAUUUUGUCACCAAAAGCCAUAGGAUUAUGCAGAAUUAGAGAAUGAUCGCAAAAUUUGAAAGUGAUACUCAUGCAUAGGCUUCUCAUAAAGGGCAAAGCUUUGAAUUAGAUACUUACACCGUACAUUUGUCCAGAAAUAUUGGGAUGAAGUGAAGUAUUUUAGCCCCCAAUGUAACAUAAUUUCCCUCAAGUAAAAGUUUCUGUCGUUGUUGCAUACUGAAUGACAUGUAUUCUAAGCUUAUUAGAAAAGGUAGUUAUACAAAGAGAUGAACUAAGAAUACAAAAUUAGGACAUAAUCUGCUGAUCGUGUUCAUGCAGCGAUCAGCUGCACCUGCAGCAAAACCGCAAUGUAAAUAUCUUUACGGCUUUUUUUUAAACACAGUACAGCCCCUUUAAAAAAGUAUGUAGAUGGCAUGCUUCUAUAUUAC